AAAACGUGAGGGAGAGAGCAUGUGUGUGUGUGACUGUGUGCGAGCAUGAGUGAGCGACAGCAAGAGGAAAAGAGAGAGUGAGGGAGAGAGAGCGCGAGCGCUUGAGCCUGGCAUUUCUUCCCUGUGCCUUUCAGCUCCUCUCCCCCUGAAGAAGGAGGCGUGUCCAUUGGCCAGCAGUAUAAAUUCCAAGAGGAACCACUCGUGUAGAGCCAUUCUCAGGAGCAACCCAUUGCACUGCACCCCAUAUGGACGAGGAAAUUGCUACUCAACUUGAAAAACUUGACGCCCCUUCCCUACACCUGGACAUUGGCAAACCACAGACUUUUCUCUUUGCAUUAUAAAAGGCUUCAGGGGCUCUGUGUGAAUUCUUCUUGAAGGGAGAAAGACUCACCUAAAUAGACCAGUGGACAUUUGUUCCACUUCCCAACAAAUAACCACUUUGUGCGACUCAAAGACUUAAAGACUUUCGUCGCAUGGGAGAGCAAGGACUAGAUAUUUAACAGUCUUUGAUCAACCUGCAUUCUUUUUCCAACCUCCCAAACAUCCUAGGGCUAGGAAAUCAAGCCUAAGAAACGGUGAGGUAAAACAGCGGGGACAUUGUGUUCCAACUCUUGCCAAAACCCCUGCCACCCGCAACACCAACCAGCAGGCAACAUCAAAGACCAAACCCUCCAACCGCCUCCCUCCCAUUCCUUACCCUCCAAAACUAAAGCAGAGACCAAACAGUUGUGGGUGAGAGAGCAGAGAAACAGAAGGAAUACUAACAAACAAACUGCAGGAAGUGCAAGAGAAAUCGAGGGCAAAGAUUUGAGAUCACGCCUUCGGGACUGCCAUGGUGCGAGGUGGCGGUGCGGCUAUAGCGCCACCCUGCUGGGGCCUGUGGGCGGUGGGCGCCCUUUCGCUGGCGACCCUGUGUCUGACGGAGGAGGCCAUCCGCUGCCCCGUGUGCUCCGAGGAGCGGCUGGCCAGCUGCCAGCUGCCUGAUGGCAGCUGCGAAGAGACGGUGAGGGAGGCGGGCUGCGGCUGCUGCCCCACCUGCGCCCUGGCCAAGGGGGUGCACUGCGGCGUCUACUCGCCCCGCUGCGGCACCGGACUCCGCUGCUAUCCGCCACGGAAUGUGGAGAGGCCCCUCCACUCGCUCAUGCAUGGCCAGGGAGUGUGCACCGACGAGAGGGAUGUGGAAGAGAACUCAGCGAUGGACCGGCACGGUGAGACCAUCCCUGAGCACCCCAACAACAGCAACAUCCGCUGCAGUCCCCAGGACAAGCGCUGCAUCCAGAAGACCCUGGCCCGCCACCCCGCCAAAUCCACCAACCAGAGAAGCAACAACGCCAGGGAGGACCCAAAGGCUGCCCUGGCUCCAUGUCGUGCUGAGCUGCAGAGAGCGCUGGACCGACUGGUGUCCAACACUCGCACCCAUGAGGAUCUCUACAGUAUCCCCAUACCCAACUGUGACAAGAACGGAGACUUCCAUGCCAAGCAGUGCCAGCCAGCACGUGACGGGCAGCGGGGAAAGUGCUGGUGUGUCGACCAGAAGACGGGCAUGAGGCUGCCAGGGCCCCUGGAGCUGCGGGGGGAACUGGACUGCCACCAGUUAAUGACUGUACCUAUGAGAGAGUGAGGAGGGGACCGGCGGGGGCCCUGGGGGGCCAGGGCUAGGGCUAGGGCCUAGGGCCAGCCAAAUUCUACUGGUGCUGUUUAGUUACAACUAUGGAAGGAAAGGACUUAACCCUAAAGCCCCACUUCACGUGAGGCUAACGGUACUUGCUUGAUAUGAAAAAGAUAAAAGGAAACCAUAUAAUUUUGCUAUUUUGCUAUUGUUUGUUUUCGUGUGUGAGCGUAUGUCUGUAUGCAUCUUUUUGAGCACAUGUGUGUAUUUUAUGAUUCUGUGAAGUUAGGCAGAUGCUCUUGCUUUAAAUAACAAGUGGCAAACAACAGACUCCCGAAUAAAAGUGUUGUAAACAUUCUUCUCAAAACAGGACAACAUUGGUUUAGUGUAG